UGUCUGUGUGUGUUGUUUGCGCUUAUUUUUCGAAGACCGAAAACGAACACAUUGAGUUUCGUGUUGGGUUCGGAGUCGAUGUCUGUGGUCGAGUUCUAUUUUUUGUUCGAAGAAAGAUGCAGUGCCUUUUCGUAAUGAUAAAAUCAGAUCGUAUAUAAUAUAUUUUGUAUGUUUGUUGUUGUGAACUUAUUACUAAUGAAUAACUAAAGUUUAUUGCUUGUGCUAUCAUAAGUGUGUUAAAAUGUGUGAUAAUGUUUGUGUUUGGUGCUUGUUUGUGAGUUCGUUAUUUCUGUUGGCCCUGACAAAGGAUGGCGUUGAAGCUCAAAAUCUCAGAAGUCCAGCCAGAGACUUCAGCCGGCAUAGACUCGUGCAACCAGUGGUACUCCAUGGCAGGACCAAAAGGGAGAUAUCUACGACAAGAGACGAGAGUGGUGCACACCAUCCAGAAUUGGCGGUGACACUGGACGUCGACGGCGAGCGGCACAUUCUGGACCUAAGGCUGAAUUACGACCUGGUGACCGCUGACCACACCAUCAGCUACCAGGAGGGGGGGAAAACGGUGGUGCGACAACCCAACAAAGAGGAAAUAGACUUAUGCCAAUAUUGUGGAAGUUUACGGGACAAGCCAGGGUCUUUUGCGGCGCUGUCGACGUGUAACGGACUAAGGGGAAUCUUGUUUGAUGGCAAUCAGAUGCGGUACAUCGAACCCGCUGAAGAUGGCGGCAUCCAAUCUAACCACUACAUAUACGACCACACAGAUCUCAAAAAUGAACACAAACACAAGUGUGGUUACCAGGGAGGGGUUACGAAAAACGCCAGUUAUGAUCAGCAGCUAUUCGAUAAAUAUCACAGGGAAAAAGAUGUGGAAAGAAGCAGAGUCAGUCGGUACAAAAGAGAUACAUCGGACGUCCUGGUCCGCGGUCCGUACAACUCGAACAAAAUGUCCCGUUACGUCGAACUGGUGUUGGUUUCCGACUACGGCGAGUACGUAGCCAACAGGGAGAGUUUGCACACAGUACACCACCAGUUAAAGGACAUAGCUAACAUCAUCAACGCUGUCUAUUCACCCUUAAAUAUCUUCAUAUCGCUCGUCGGUGUUGUAGUGUGGACAGAACGAGACGAAAUAGUGUUAGAGGAGAACGGAGAUACAACGCUCACUAAUUUCUUACAUUAUCGUAGGAAGGUGUUACUAACGGAUAAAAGGUUACGGAAUGACAACGCACAUUUAAUCACCCGCCAAAAGUUCAAAGAGGGCGUCGUGGGGAAAGCUUUGAAAGGGCCUAUUUGCACCUACGAGUUUUCCGGCGGUGUCGCCAACAACCAUUCGGAGGUCAUUGGCCUCGUGGCCACGACUAUAGCCCACGAGAUGGGCCACAACUUCGGCAUGGAGCACGACACUGACGACUGCGAGUGUCCCGACGACAAGUGCAUCAUGAGCCCCUCCUCUACGUCUGUGAUGCCCACGCAUUGGUCCAAAUGCAGUCUUAGUUCGUUGGUGCUAGCUUUCGCCAGAGGAAUGGAUUACUGCUUGAGGAACAAACCCAAACAACUGUUCUCCUCGCCGACUUGCGGCAACGGUUUCGUGGAGCCGGGCGAGCAGUGCGACUGCGGGCUGCCCUUGCCCGGCGCGGCACCCAACCCGUGCCACGCUUGCUGCCAGCCCGACACCUGCAUGCUGAGGGUUAACGCUACCUGUGCCGCUGGCACUUGCUGCGAUUUACAGACAUGCCGAGCGAAGUCGGCGGGCACAGUGUGUCGCGCGGCGGAGCGAGAGUGCGACCUCCCGGAGUACUGCACGGGACACUCGGAGUUCUGUCCCGAGGAUGUCUUCAAGAUGGACACCACUCCUUGUUCCAAAGGAGAGGCAUACUGCGUGCGCGGCUCGUGUCGCUCCCACGGCGACCAGUGCCGGCUGCUGUGGGGCGUCACGGGCGAGAGCAGCCACUCGCGCUGCUACACCAGCAACAACGUCAAGGCCACCAAAAACGGCAACUGCGGCUACGAUCGAGAAACUCAAACGUACCGCGCGUGCGCACGAGAGGACGCGAUGUGCGGAAUGCUGCAGUGUCGCCAUCUCAACGAGCGGCUGGAGUUCGGCAUGGAGUCUGUAGCCGUUUUGAACGCGGUCUUUAUCAACAAUAAUGGCACGAUAAUCCCGUGCCGCACCGCCAUCAUAGACCUGGGUCUCAGCGACGCCGACCCCGGCAUGGUGCCUGACGGAGCAAGCUGCGGCCCGCAACAUAUGUGCCUCAGUCAGCGUUGCGUGCCAGUAGACUACGUGCGUGAACUUAUAAGUCAGAAACAGUCGUCUGUCUGUCCGUCCAAUUGCUCCGGGCACGGGAUAUGCAAUUCUGAAGGUCACUGCCACUGCGAGGAAGGCUUCGCCCCCCCUAUUUGCUCGCUGCCGGGGCCAGGAGGCUCCGUGGAUUCUGGACCGGCUACUGAUCCCAACGUACAAAGAAACUUCAUGGUCGCCAUGUACAUCAUUUUCCUCGGGAUCAUACCGUCGAUCCUGCUGCUACUGUUCCUCGUCUACUACUCCCGCCAUAACGUACUCGUGUGGUGGAAGAAACCGAGAAAAUCGGUACAAUCACCAAAGAAAUCCAGCCUCCAGCAACGGCUGUCCCGAAGCGCCAGCAAGUUCGCGGCCAACUUCCAGGGCGGCUCCCCGGGCGGGGCGCAGCCUGUCGUCCACACGCUCUCCAACCCUGACGACAUGAGCUCCAGCCUCCUCCGAAACGACUCCGACAGGAGCCCCUCAGGUAACCUCAACCCCACGGCCUGUCCAGCCUUCUUCGGAAACUUCAAAGGAUUCUCCUUAACUCCUAUAGAGAAGAACCAAGAAACCGAAGCGCCGAAGGUACAAGACAAAAGCGCUAAAAUCACCCCCGUACAUAGAAGCAGUAGUACCAGUCAAACGACCAAACCGACCCUGAGGGCUGCCCCCCCACUACCAGUAGUUCCCAUCACAGCCAAAAUCAGCCCCAAAACUAGCCCUUCAGUCAAAAGAACCAACAGCGCGGUACAGAACAGAAUCAAGGUUUUGAUGGGAGAAAAAGAAGAAACGACACCAUCGACUCCCCCACCGCGGCCGGUCAUAUCUAGCCCCAUUCUAGAAGCUUCGACGUGUACGGCCAAAGAACUGAUUUCGCCUCUCCAAGGCUCUAAAACCUUAGGCCCGGUUAGAGCGGCGCCUACCGUCCCAAAAAUGACACCAGAUCUACCAAAAAGACCGUUAAGUAUGCAUUCUAGUGCAGCACCACCGAAUAAACCACUGCCGGAAGAACCUAAAAAAGUAAAAGAGGGUUUAUCAUUGAACAGAAUAGCGUCAUUCCUAAAACAAGAGAAGCCUAAAGAAAAAGAAAGAACUCCGGUUGAAAGGAGUAACUCGCUUCCGAAAAAUCCUAAUCAUCAAGUCAGAUUCCCAAAAAGUGUUGAUAAAGCUGCGUUGAGAAACUUGCAGAUAUCGAAUCCUAUAUUACAGAAAGAUAUAGAAUUAUCUGUUAAUACUGUUCCUGUUGUGUCAGAUACAGAAGAUACCGAGGAUUUAAAACCUUUCAUCAAUAGAGCACAGAGUAUGAGAGCGCCGGCUACUCAAAAGCCUGCUAUUCAGAGUUUUGGAUCUAUGAGACAAGCGGCGGGUACAACAAGGCCGUUGUCUAUGGUUGGACGGCCCACCGCUCCUCCCCCUCCACUACCCAACGACAACCAAACGUACCAAACUCCAAAAGAAACGGACAAGUCGAUAGAUUACGUAGAUUGCAUUGAGGAAAAACAAGCGCCUCUCGCGCACAUUGACGAAGAAUCUACUGACAACAUCUACGCAAUCAUCGAAGAAAGUCCUGUAAAACAUUCCAAAGCAUUACCCGGUACAUCCCAACCGGUCCCUACACAACCCCAAGCCCCACCCGAAGGGUACAUGACCCCUAAGAGCAUCCCGUCAAAUUCUGGAAGCGCAGAAAGUAUGGGAUUGCUAGGCGAGAUCGUAAACGAAAUUCAGAACCGUAACUUCGACUCCAUUUAUUCAACUUCUACUCUAGCUAGAAAGAAAGCAAAGAAGGAACAGAAUGCUGAUAGCAAUAGAGAUAGCACUUACAUGAAUACUGAUCAUUACAGAGCUCCAGAGAGCGUAUACAGUAAUUCUGGAGCCAAAUCGAACGCGUCGACGACUAGCAGCGGGUAUCUUCACCCUUCUGCCGUCAACGUACCGACGUUUCAAAAAGAGCAGGAAAGUCGAGACGACAACGAAAAGGCACCUCCGUCCCCAACUUUAAAAGUGUCAUCCAAAAUACCAACAUUCACGAGACAAGUCACUCCCCCAGGGCUAAAAACGUUCAGAAACGUACCGCAGUCCCCAAAAAACGGGAAUAGAAAUGCUCAUUCAACGCAAAAAAUAACUAAUAGUCCUGACGUUGUGUCCAGCUGUUCCGUAGCUGAUACUAAAAAUGUUAAGGCACCAGACGUCAUUAAUAACAAUAAGGUUCCAAAUGAACCGCCUAAAGUAGCGACAAAACCUACGGUAAAGAUUGAUAAUAGACCACCGCUACGACCGGCUCCUACCAUAGACAAAAAACCAACAACAAAACCGACGCCAGCUUUGAAAACUCAAACCGUCAAUAAAGUACAAACAGACAAAAAUCCAACAGUGCUCCGUGCCAAUUCAAAAACAGACUCUAAUGUAAAAGCUAUAGCAGAUAAUUUAAAUAAAAAUAAACCUAAAGUAGUGCCUAAGCCCAGUAAUAUAACCGUACAACGGGCCGACUCCAAUGUGAAACAAAAUUCUACUAAAUUGGCCGCGAAACCAUCCAAUGUUGCCAGUUUGCAGCAGAAAUUUGAAAAUAGAAAGUCGUUAGGAAAAGAACUUAACGUAGCGAAAAAGUAGUCUUACAUUCAUUCUGUAUUGGAAAAUUAUUAAAUAAUGAGACCUUGGAACUUUGAAAGGGAACAGUAUGGCUCGUUUCCAAAGGGACUACAAGGCCCUAUUGAUCGUAUCGCAUUGAGCUACAUAUAUCUAAAUCUUUUAAAUUAAUGAAAUCCGUUACAAUUUUGUUUAAAUAUAAACAUUUUUGAGUUCUUUUAAAGAAUACAUCCAUUCUUGAAAUAAAUUAAAUGUGUUCUGGAGGUAAAUAAGGGAGGUUGUAAGAUCUAGUCUAGAAUAUUCUAAGGUCUUAUUUUAUAGAGGGUAGCUACUAUUAGCAUUUAAGAAUUCCGACUAAAGAUUUGAUCAAAAUAUAAAAGUAUUGAAUUAUUGAGAUUUUACUUUUCUGAUAAAGAAUUACAAUUGUAAUAUAUAUGUUAUAUGUCCAUAGUAUAGACAAUAGCCGACAAAUUAAAAAAAAAGUGUUCAUAUUUUUUAUAUAUGAAAUUGCAUAGAUUUGUGUGCGGGAAAGUAUUUUGUAUAUUUUUUCGUAUUAAUUUAAAUAAAGUUUACAAUUACGAUUGUACAAAUAGUAUUAUAAUAUUGUGUUAAGAUCUCUGUAAAUACUCUUAUUACGUGAAUACUAGUGAAUUCAGAACAAUAUGUGUGUCUUAUAGGUAAAGAAAUGCUUAAUUUGUAUUUUUGUACAAACCUUUAUGUUAAAAAGUUCACUAUUUAAACAUGUUUCUUUGAAAUGGCAAUUUUUUUAUCGUAGAGUAAUAAUAAUGAAAUAAGGCUCAUUAGAUAUUCAAAACGUAAAAUAUUUAAAAAAUGCAGGCGUUUUUUUUUUCUUAUCAGCUGCUUCUUUGGCGCAGUGGUGAAUUAUUUCAACGAGGUCCCGGACUCAAAAGCCGGUCAUUAUUGACCCUACAAGCCUUGAUUAAUAAUAGCUAAUAGUGAAUAUAUAACAAUAGUGCUACAUUAUUGUACCACAGAGAUAUGAAAAGAAAUUCAUAUGGUGCAUUGCAAAAUUGAUCAUUUAUUUUUUACGGAUUGAAAUAAAUAUAUCCCGUAAUUGAUUUCGUAGUAACUGGUGCUAGGCAUAUAUUAUCAUUAUAUUAUGCUUUCCUUAUGAUAUAUCUAUGAAUAUUUAUUCAGAACAUUUAAAUGCUGUAAGUCAGAGAGUUAUUAUAUUUGUAUGUCAAAUGUUUAAGAUUAUUUGCACAAUCCCUAGACAUAUGUCUGUGUUUAAAGUAUGCAGCAUUUUUUUUCCAACGGGACCUGUUUUUUUAAGGUAUAUGGGUAUACCUUACUACCUUUUUUUGUACUAUAUUACAACUGUGUUUGCGAAAUUUCAUAAGAAUUACAACAGAAGACAUAUUAUACUAGUUUAUUUUAGUUUUUCCUGAUUCGGAAAUUUAUCUUUGCUCAUGUACUCGUAUAGAGAUUUAAAAGGGAUUGUGUAAGAUUCUAUGUUUUUCACUGCCAGCCAGCUUGGUACAAAAUAUGGUGCUGAUAUGUCGCAAAGCUAUGUAUAUUUCACGAAUGCGUAGUAACAAUAGUGUAAUAUAAAUAUUUUGGUACAUUACUUGUCAAGUUACUUGCUUAAAUGUGAAUUGUUAGGGGGGUCCAUAUCGGGCCACGUAUUUUUUGUUUUGCAUAAUUUAUUAGAAACGAUGUUGAUAAAAUUUUGGGGUCUUAUAUGGAACCUUAAUAAAGUGGUAUCUAUGAUUGAAAAUUGAUUGAUUAGUUGUUAAUUAUAUUUUUUAAUUAUAUAAUUAACAAUUAAUUAUAUAUUUCUUCGUGAAUUAUAUAAUAAUAUUAAACGAAACGAACUACUACAUACCAUUUCACUGGUGUGAUGGAUACGAAUAUUUAACUUUUACAUUACAUUUUUGCAAUAAUAAAAUGAAAUAAAUCUGUUCAUAAUAUACAGAUAAUUUGAUUUAAGUUAGUUGUGAUAUCGCUUAUAAAUAUAGUCUAGUUUUGGAUAUUGUAAAUAUGUAACCAAAGAAUUUGAACGUCCAUUUUGUUUGGGCUUCAAUGCGGAAUGGUGUGACAGAAUUGUUUUUAUUUCAAUCUUUCUUUGUUUACUCUUUUCUUUUUAAUAAGAAGACGACUAAUGUGGGUCAUCAAUAUUGCAAAAGCAGUUCUGAUUUCAUAAUUAUUUUGUCUUAUUUGAAAUAAAUGAUAAUAAUAAACCAAUAAUAGUUAAUUCUAGAUUUCUUUUGUGUCUAAGUAUUGUUAGUUUUCGGAAUUGUACGUUUGUAUAGUCGAGUGCCAUAGAAUUAAACUGAAGCUGAAUUAUUUCCAAGAUGUUUUCACCUUUCCACGUAUUGAAAAUCUGUGAACAGUUCAAUUUU